ACGAAUCCUCACGCGUAUUUCUAAGCAAUUAUUGCAAGGUCUCGUUUUCUUCUGGAAAAGUCAGGCGUGUACUUAAGUGUCAUUUUCUGUCAGAAUAUUCAACUAUUCAAAGAACCACAGGAAAAUGUUCGGACCAGGGGCUGCUCCGAUCGUAGUUUUAAGUCAGAAUACCAAGCGGGAUACCGGCCGGAAAGUUCAGAGGGAAAAUAUCCAAGCUGGCAAGGCAAUUGCAGAUGUCAUUAGAACAUGUCUGGGACCACAAGCAAUGUUAAAGAUGUUAAUGGACCCAAUGGGAGGUAUAGUCAUGACCAAUGAUGGGAAUGCUAUAUUACGCGAAAUAACAGUACAACAUCCUGCUGGAAAGUCAAUGAUAGAGAUUGCUAGAACUCAGGAUGAAGAAGUUGGAGAUGGCACCACUUCAGUUAUUGUAUUAGCGGGAGAAAUUUUGGCUAUUGCAGAACCUUUUCUAGAGCAAAAUAUGCAUCCAACAGUUAUAAUCAGAGCAUUCCGGCAAGCUCUGGAAGACAUGGUGGUUAUUCUUAAUGAACAAGUCAGCAUGGACUUGGACUGCAAUGAUAGAAGCAAAAUGAUUCAAGUGAUAAAUUCAUGUGUAGGAACUAAAUUCAUUGGUCGUUGGUCUGAGUUAGCAUGUCAGAUUGCCUUGGAUGCAGUUUAUACUGUUAUGCUGGAGGAAAAUGGUAGAAAAGAAAUUGAUAUAAAGCGUUAUGCAAAGGUGGAGAAAAUUCCUGGUGGUACUAUUGAAGACAGCAUUGUUUUAAAAGGAGUAAUGAUUAAUAAGGAUGUUACUCAUCCAAAAAUGAGACGAUACAUUAAGGAUCCAAGAAUAAUUUUAUUGGAUUGCCCCUUGGAGUACAAAAAGGGAGAGUCACAAACUAAUAUAGAAAUAUUGAAGGAUACUGAUUUUACCAAGAUUUUGGAACUAGAAGAGGCACACGUGAAGAAGAUUUGCGAGGAUAUAAUAGCUGUAAAACCUGAUGUAGUCAUCACUGAGAAGGGAGUAUCAGAUUUGGCUCAACAUUAUCUGGUGAAAGCUGGAAUCACUGCUAUUCGUAGACUGAGGAAAAGUGAUAUCAACAGAAUUGCAAGAGCUUGUGGUGCGAGUGUGGUUAAUCGUACGGAAGAAUUGAGAGAUGAAGAUGUUGGUACCAAAGCUGGUCUAUUUGAAAUCAAAAAGCUUGGAGAUGAUUACUUUUGCUUUAUUACGGACUGUAAAGAUCCAAAGGCGUGUACUAUAAUUCUGAGAGGUGCCAGUAAAGAUGUAUUAAAUGAAACAGAAAGAAAUCUGCAGGAUGCUCUUCAUGUUGCAAGGAAUCUUCUUAUUGAACCUAAAUUAGUACCAGGUGGAGGAGCAGUGGAAAUGGCAGUCUCAAGACUUCUGACAGAGAAAGCAGCAAGACUUGCUGGUGUUGAACAGUGGCCUUAUAAAGCUGUAGCACAGGCAUUAGAAAUAAUUCCGAGAACCCUUGCACAGAAUUGUGGAGCCAACACCAUUAGAACGUUAACUGCACUUCGUGCAAAACACGCCACAGAAGGUAUGACAUGGGGUAUUGAUGGAGAAAUUGGUCAAUUGGUAGAUAUGGAAGAACGUGGUAUUUGGGAGCCUCUGUCUGUUAAGCUGCAAACAUACAAAACAGCUAUUGAAACAGCUAUUUUACUACUGAGAAUCGAUGAUAUUGUGUCCGGAAGCAAGAAGAAGAAAGAUAAUGAACCCACACCACCUGCACAAGUUUCAGAGGAAGCUAUGAAGGAUUGAAAUUACUAAAUUUUUUACUGCGCUCGAAAUGCUUUAUUUGCGUUAACACUUAAUGAUUCAUGUCCACAGUGAUUUCAUUGAAACUCGAUUCAUGUUCACAAAAAGCAUUUGCCUGUCUGUAUGCAUUUUCAUAUAAUAAAAUUACUUUGGUAAGCUAUUCAAUAAUGAUGCAUGUAUUGCAUUUAUCUACGUAUUAUUUUUGCCAGGAUGCUUUCUUUAUUGUAACAAACUAAUACAUAG